CGGUGGUCCCCGCGGCGAUGUUGGCCAAACUUCUGCCCUUCCUGGGCAUGUCGGUGCUCUUCCUGACCAGGGUCGAGGGACCCCAGGCUGGAUGGAAGAGUGAAGCCUCGGCCAGUGGUGAUGAAGUCUCUGACCCCCAGCCCCAGUUAGUUGGAAGGAAGCUCCUUACUGAAGAAACGAAGGCCCUUGCUCCUGGCCACAGAGCUGCCAGUGGGUCAGAAGCCUCUCAGAUCCUGAACACUAUGCUGAGCAAAUAUGACCCCAAACUGCGCCCUGGCAUUGGUGAGAGGCCCACUGUGGUCACUGUUGCGAUCUCGGUCAACAGCCUUGGUCCCCUCUCUAUCUUGGACAUGGAAUACACCAUUGAUAUUAUCUUCUACCAGACCUGGUAUGACGAACGCCUCCGUUACAAUAGCAGCUUUGAGACCCUUGUGCUGAAAGGCGAUGGAGUGAGCCAGUUAUGGACCCCGGAUACCUUAUUUAGAAAUUCUAAGAGGACCCAAGAGCACAUGAUUACCAUGCCCAACCAGAUGGCCCGUAUUCACAGGGAUGGCAAAGUGUUGUACACAAUUAGGAUGACCAUUGAUGCUGGAUGUUCACUCAAUAUGCACAAAUUUCCAAUGGAUUCUCACUCUUGCCCUCUGUCUUUCUCUAGCUUUUCCUUUACUGAGGAUGAGAUGAUCUACAAGUGGGAAAAUUUCAAGCUUGAAAUCAAUGAGAAAAAUUCCUGGAAGCUCUUCCAGUUUGAGUUUAAAGGAGUGAGCAACAAGACUGAAAUUCUCUCAACCCCAGCUGGUGGUGUCAUGGUCAUGACAUUUUUCUUCAAUGUGAGCAGGCGGUUUGGCUAUGUCGCCUUUCAAAAUUAUGUCCCUUCUUCCAUGACCACAAUGCUCUCCUGGGUUUCCUUUUGGAUCAAGAAAGAGUCUGCUGCAGCCAGGACCUCUUUAGGGAUCACCUCUGUACUCACCAUGACCACCUUGGGCACCUUUUCCCGUAAGCAUUUCCCACGUGUCUCCUACAUGACGGCCUUGGACUGCUACAUUGCCGUCUGCUUUAUCUUCUGCUUCUGUGCUCUGAUGGAGUUUGCUGUGCUCAGCUUCCUGAUCUACAACCGGACGAAACCCCAUGCUUCUCCAAAACUUCGCUAUCGUUUCCGUGGCCGUGGCCAUGGCCGUGCCCGUGCCCGUGCCCGUAAGAAUCAGGAGGCUUUUGUUUGCAACAUCAUCAGCUCUGAGGGGAAUGAUGGAGAGGAACCUACGACUUGCUCAGGCCAGUGGUCCCCCAGCCCAGAUAGCCCCCAGAGCCCAUGCACCCAAUCAGAGCUGACCCACCACAAAUGGUUUCAUAAUCACAAGAAGUACUUCUGCAUGAUCCCCGACUGCAGGGGCCGUACCUGGCAGCAGGGCCGCCUUUGCAUCCACGUCUAUCGCCUGGAUAACUACUCACGCAUUCUGUUCCCUGUGACCUUCUUCUUCUUCAAUCUGAUCUACUGGCUUAUUUGCCUUUACCUCUAGGUAUCAACUGGUGCCUUGUAGGGCACUCCCCCCCCCCCUGCCAACUUCCCUGCGAGGUCCCAUGCCCCCUACCAAAAGAGUUGGGGGAAAGCAGCAGCAGUAAGAGCAACUAGCAAGUCUUUACUUCCUCUUUCUCCAGAUAAAAUCCUGUUCCCCUACCUGGCCCAUUCACUAAUCUCCUUGGCAGCCCAUUUCAAGUAAAAUGGUCCACCUCUCUACCCUCCAAAAUCUUAGGCUCUCAGUAACCAGCUCCCUAAAAUUGUGUACACAGAUGAGUUGAUUAGCUAUCUCCCAGCAGUAUUGACACCCACUACCUUUUUUUUCAGAAACCCCACCACUGCCUUUGAGGGUCUUUGGGUCCACUCUGGCUUCAGCUUCCUUUCCUGACACCUCCUUAAGAUGCUAGGUAGCAGAAUAAUAGCAUGAGAGGACCCUGUCCUUAGGUCAGAUUAUUAUAUUCUUGAUUCUCUCUCUUUGCCCUCCCAUCUCCUUCAGAUAGAUAGACAACUGGCAUUCUCCCUUUAGGCAGUGGGAAGCCAGCCAUUGACUAUUUUGGCUGCUGCUGUGACACGUCCCUCUCCACCCCAUCCCCUCAUCUUUCAUCCUCGCUAUCAAUUCAAUGCCCUCCAUCAAGUGGGUAUCUGUUUUUGUGUGUGAUGAUACUAACGGCCCCCUGCUUUGAACGUCCCCUUCUUCUCUUUGACCCCUGUGAACCCUUCUGUAACUUCCCCUGUGACUUUCCCAGCCCUGGCCCAGGUGCUAGGCUGUGGUGACUUCUGGGGACCAAGGAACUAAGACAACUCUGUCUUGCAGUGAGUAUUACCCACCAGUGGUUGGUGUGCACCUAAGGUACAGCAUAGCAGUUCUGUAACUUCCUUGGCCCCUGGACCCAUGAGCCAGUCUGCUCUUAACCCUGGGGCAAUCUCGCAAUCACAAUCAAUCAAUUGAAUUCCCUGAAAUUUGUAUGGCACUUAACCUUUUGCAAAUCACUUUUGACAAAAUAUUUCUAUUUUGAGCCUCAUUAUAGCCCUGUGAUACACUCAGGGCAGGAUUCUUAUCCCUUCUUUGCAGAUGAGAACCCUGAGGCACAGAUUUCUCCUGUACUGUGGAUCAUACUGAAGGCUACCCAGGAGCCCACUGUCACCUUCCAGACCAUGUGACAGGGCUAUGCAGCUCUGUUCACCAUGAUUUGAUUCUAUAGCAUUUGGCCUACUUAAUUCCUGGGCCUGAGAUGCUCAGACUGUCCCCAAGAUCAAACCUCUCCUGGCUCUGGUAACCCAGUGAGGUGAAUUUGGACAUGCCUCAAUGCUUGUAUAUGCUGAUUGAAAUCUGUGUUUGUAUUUUAUUGGUGUAUGGGUAGGGUGGGGAUCCAUCUGCUUUUUGACACCAUCAUCUGUAAAGGGGAAAUACUAAAUAUAUGAAUAAAUAU